AUGAUGUGGCUGUGGAGUGCUUUUAUAGUAUCCUUGUCAUUGUUUACGAUCGAUAGAUGUUAUGGAAUUUCAAGUUCUAUUUCACCAUUUAUCCAAUACAAACAUUCCAUUGAACUCGAAGACAAUGUAGCUGAUCUUUGGUGGACAUUGGAUGAUGCUGAACGAGAGAUCACAUUCGAAUUACAUGUCAAGACUACGGGUUGGAUCUCUCUAGGCAUCAGUCCAGCUGGUGGUAUGAAAGGCGCUGAUAUCGGCGUUGGAUGGGUUGACAGUAAAGGCAAUGUUCAUUUUCAAGAUCGGUAUGCUAGUGACUUCGCCAAACCUAUGAUUGAUAAUACAACCACAGACUGGUUUGCUAUUCGUGGCCGUGAACAGAACGGAUGGACAGCCAUCCAAUUCAAACGUUUACUUGACACGUGUGACUCGAUGGACUAUCCCAUCAAACAUAAAAUACUAGUCGAUUUUGGCAAUCGAGACAUUGUACAUCAUUUACUCCUACACGAAUGUACUCCUUCAACUAUUUUCGAUGAUAACAAUUUACCUAGUGGGGUAUGUGAUGAAAUUAUGAGCCAAGUUGAAUCGUGUUCAACAAACUUUGUCACUGUAUGGGCAGUUGGUGGUGACUAUAUGGUCGAGUAUAUUGAAGAGGUGGGAUAUCCAGUUGGUGAUGCUUCAUUCACUAAAUACUACAUGAUUCAAAUGCAUUAUGAAAAUACAAGGCGACAUUCAAAUCGUCGUGAUAGUUCAGGCAUUCGAUUUUAUCUUAGUAAUGAACUUCGUCAACACGAUCUUGGCUAUAUCACUUUUGGUACAAUGUCCAAUCUUUUCGGUCUUGCUAUUCCACCAUUAGUUGAAAGAUUUGUGAUUGAUUCUUAUUGUCCAGCCAAAGUCACUCGUGUAAGGUGUCAUUUUUUUUGA